CAUACAGAAAACACACUUCAUUCUAUGUAUUUCUCUGUUAAUAUAUACAAAAUUAUUUAAGUGAUUCUUUUUUUAAGGUAAUCUUUUGGUGAACCAAUUAAAACAUGUAUAGAACGCGAACAAAAGCGUUUUUAAAAUUAAGCCAAGGGCUAAUGAGCCCGCGCCUACUGGCUGGUUCGGUCAAUAAAGGCAACUCAAGCAAGGAAUCUUGUAAGGACGACUCUAAAAAUGAAGAAAAGAAGAAGAAAACUGAUAUCUGCGGAAGACCUAUACAUCCGACCUCUCCUCGCUGCAAAAAUAAGCCCGGGGGUUCAGAUAAAAAAUCCGAAGAUGAGUGCAAGAAAUAAUAGAGUUUCUUACGAGAGGUUCUUUAAAUUACCAGUAGUUAUCCCCCGACUUUAAUUAUUUU